GAACGAAAAGGAACGAGCGGGGGGGGAGGGGGGAUGGACCGGGAAUGAUAGACCGGGGAUAUAAAAGUGGUGUACGAUAAAGCGAGACGCACGGAGGGAGGAACGGGAGGAGGAUUCGGGGUGGCGAGGAAGGGCGAGGGCCGAGGGAGAGGAGGAGGGAGAGGGAGGGGGAGGAAACCUCUGGCAACGGGUCGAUCGAAAGCGCAGCGCGGAGAAAUGCACCACCUCUGGCUCUGGUCUGGCAGCUUUGCGGGCGCACCACCACGUCCGCGUGCGUCAGAAAGAGAGAAAGAGAACCGAGAGCGCGAGAGAGGGAGAGACGGCGAGCGAGCGAGCGAGAGAGAGAGAGAGAGAGAGGGGUACCGACGGAAGCGGAAGGGAGACCGACGUAUAUCCGCCGACCAAUACCGACGCGAAGGGGAGGAGGACGGGAGGAGAGUCAAGCCGAGUCGCGUUGGGCUAGGUCAGGUCUACCCGAGUUCCACACACACCGCGCUCUCUUGCGUGUGUCAUCCCGCCGAGGAGAACUACACCGAGGCGGAGGCGCAACCCCUAUACGCGAAAAGAGGGUCGCCGCGAAUUUGUCGCCGAGCCCCGCGAGUGGCUUCGCCGAAAAAAAAAAAAACGUUGGCGAUUUUUCGAAAGGAGGAAUCGGCAGGUAUCCUACGGUAUCGUCGCCGAUCGGUGCCGAGGAGUGUGAUUGUUCGCGAAAGCCGGCAACAGUGCGCGCGUUGUCGGACGACGCUUCGAGGGGGAUGACACGAGGGAGAUGCCUCGAUCGGCAGUGUGAAUAAUCACGAGUGUGUGCACGCGUGUGCCAGCGAUCCAAGAUCGAUCGAUCGGUGGAGAGGAGAGGAAUAUAAGGGAGGACGCGUCUCUCUCGGGCGAGAUUCGGUUGUUGACAACGAACUGAGGGCAGAGACGAUUUCGACAAGGAAACCGAUCUACCAACCGAAUCCGAGGAUCGAUCGCGUUUUUUCCCCGAUGUCCUGAUAAUCGAUAAGCGUCGUCGCCGCGUAGGUGGCCGCGUAGGGACCGCCUAGUUAAGCGAAAAGUCGGGACAGCGAUCGGCCUUAUCGACGUCAUUUCUCGCCCUCGCCCUUCGUGCGAUCCUCGCUGCGAUAUCAGAUCGGGCGAGAUAAAUGUUGAGGAUAAACGGCGCCCUGCGUCGCCCGCCAGCGCGAGGCCAAGUGGAUCGGCUCCCGAAUGCGACCGGCGAGAUGCCGGUCUCUCUGAGAAACCACAGAAUAACAUAAAGGGCGGCCCGCGAUGGUUUAGAGACUUUUGCAGCGCGCACGCACGGUCGCGCAACAAAAGGCGAAAGGAUCGCGACAGAAGAGAUAUCCUCGGGGUGAUUCAGGCUGGUGAACCUAGCUACCUAUCUGCACCUCGAGGAAUAACCCCGUUGCCGUUGUGGAUAUUGUCUAGACAUCCGAUGCUCUGAAUAGAAGCCGCGAAUAUCCGGAAUAUCGAAAUAUAUCACGCGCGAAGAAUGGAGGCCAGCGAGUGGGAUCAUACGACCUUGAGGGAGGAAGAAUUCGAGCAACACGCCGUAUAUUUGGUACCGGAUGUGGCGACAUCGCCGAACGAUACCAAUCGUGCGGAAGCAUCUUUGCCGCGGAAUCUGAUCCUCAAGCAAUCUCAAGCUCCCAAUGUGUUGGGCGUAUGGAGUACCAGUUACAUCCCUAAAGGGACACGUUUCGGCCCAUUGGUCGGUGAAGUAUACACGAAUGAGUCGGUGCCAGCAGACGCGAACCGAAAAUAUUUCUGGCGGGUGUAUAAGAACAACGAGCUGUUUUACUACAUCGAUGGUUAUGAUGUCCAAAAAUCGAAUUGGAUGCGUUACGUGAAUCCCGCCUACUCGUCCGAAUCGCAAAACCUAAUAGCAUGCCAGUAUAAGAUGAACAUUUAUUUUUACACAAUUAAGCCGAUUUUACCGAAUCAAGAAUUAUUGGUUUGGUACUGCAGAGAAUUCGCGGAAAGACUCAAUUAUCCGUUCAAUGGCGAGCUAAUGCUUCAAAGAAUACGACAACAUGUACAACAGUCAACCCUACCAGCAGAAAUCUCACCUACUGUUGACGUGAUGCCCUUAAAAGACUCGACGAUUUACGAAAGACGUCAGAUGACACCAACAGAUGGUUCUGUGAGGUCAGAUGAAGGUUAUCAUUCCAAUGGCUAUCACGAUGAAAUUUUGACGCCGCCUGAAGAGAGCAGCGAAUCCGAUAGUGAGAACAAUUAUGUGCUGGACUUUAGUAAGUCAUCGGUGUGCGGCAAUGAAAUUUUGAAACAAGACAAUACCGCAACGAAGAACGAAUACAGGAAAGUCAAAAUCAAGAUAUCCAAGACCUAUGGCAACUUCCAGGCAACAAAAAACAUAACCGACAGCCCGACGAAGGACAAAGACCAGGAACUGUCUAAUAGAGCAGUUACCCCAGAACUUCAGAAACCGAUCGCACCGAUUUCGCCCAUCAUUCUGCAGAAGAGUACGAUAUUGUCAACUGUAAACGAAGACGAGAUAGCUGAAAAGAAGCCCUUUUACGAACCGGAGGUCAAAAAUAGCAACCUGUCUGCUUCUGGUAGAUCUGCCUACCUGGUCAACCCACCCAGUAGUUCUAUCCUGGAGAACAUUUUACUGCGCAACAGUACGGAUAACAAUAACAAUAACAGCCACGGUCACCAUCAUAAUAGCGGUUCGCAACAACAUCACCAACAUCAUCAGAUGCAUCAUCAGACUCACGUAGACUCGGUGACACCGCCACCUUCCAGUCCCACCGAAAUGGCGUAUUCUUACAAAAAGUCUCAUCGUUACAGCAACAUUCUGCCCUGCAGUCCAGAUUCCAGCUCGAACUUGCCCCUGCAAACGGAUACGUGCGUUAAUUCGACCAGCGGUAAUGGCAGUGCGUUGCCCAGCAUGCAGAGCCCCACCGGCAACAUGCACUCUAGUACGGGAGGCCCGCAUUCGAGCACCGGAGGAAGCAACGGUAGCCUGCCGAUGCAUCCCGGGAGCUUGCACUCCUCCAAUAACGGUACCAUUCAUUCCAGUACCAACGUACUUUCAUCUAAUGCGAUCCUGACGUCUACCAGCAACCUGCACUCGGCAUCCACGACAAUAAACGGUUGUCCGCCAAAGCGAAAGACCAAAUCGCCAUCACCGUCGUCGAAUCAAAGCGGCAUUUCUACCCCUACGACGAUUCUUUAUUCCGGCAACUCGGGCGCUACCGGCUCGGGAAGUUGCCAAAUCGAAUCUGCCAGUCCGGUCUAUCCAAAUUCUGCCGGCAAUAGUAAUAGCGGCAGCAGUAGUAAUCAGAGCAUCUCGCCAAUCUCGCCGAUCCAAUCACCCUCGUCCUAUGGGCCGUACGGUAAUUUGUACGGCCAUCAAAACGGCUCGCUACAUCAUAACGUGGAAGCGCCGUUGUCCAUCAAUUGCACCGCCUAUUCGCCCACACCGAGCGGCAACGUCGGCGUUUAUGAAAGGUCCACGGACGCCAGACGGUUGGAGGCGGCCACCAGCAGCAACGGCCACCAAUUACCCACCUCGUCGACCAUGCAAAUUGACAGUAACCAAGCGUUAAUCGCAGGAACGCAUAAUCUCCACUUGGGCCAUCACCCAAGUCUCACUAUUCACCCUAACUCUUCGUCGUUCCUAAAUAGAUAUUCGCCGGCGAGUUCUUUAUCACCCGACGAUCACGGUUGUUCCCAGAGCGGCUCACUCAGUCCCAACUCCCAGGGCUCGAGGGGUUACAGAUCGCUACCUUAUCCGCUCAAGAAGAAGGAUGGCAAGAUGCAUUAUGAAUGCAACGUCUGCUGCAAAACCUUCGGUCAGCUGUCGAAUCUCAAGGUGCACCUCAGAACACAUUCCGGCGAAAGACCCUUCAAGUGCAAUGUCUGUACCAAGAGUUUCACGCAGCUCGCACACCUUCAAAAACAUCAUCUCGUACAUACUGGUGAAAAACCGCAUCAAUGCGAGAUAUGCAAGAAGAGAUUCAGCUCGACCUCGAAUCUGAAGACCCACCUUAGACUACACUCUGGCCAAAAGCCGUACGCCUGCGAUCUUUGCCCCGCCAAGUUCACCCAGUUUGUCCAUUUAAAAUUGCACAAGAGGCUGCACACGAACGAGCGGCCCUAUACCUGCCAGGGUUGCGAUAAAAAGUACAUUAGCGCGAGCGGUCUCAGGACUCACUGGAAGACAACAAGUUGCAGACCGAACAACAUCGAGGAUGAGCUUGCACUCGCCGCGGCCGUAGGUUCACCAACGUAUUACGAAUAUGGUCCCGACAUGAAUGUUGGAAAUGUGCCCAAGGAAUGCGAAUUGGAGCAUAUCGAUAAUUACGACAGGCAUGGAUCAGCGCAUGGUCCGCACUCCACGUCUCUCCACAAUUUGGAAAAUUCUGUGGGUCGACCAAGCGUUAUAGAAACGUCCCAGCCGCAUAUUAUCGAAUGUACAUAAGUCACAUGAUGGGGUAUCAGCCCCUUUCUCGCUCCGGCGUAAAAUGUAACCGUGGAAACGUAAGCGAAUUGCUCGCGAUCGACUAGAGGAGAGAAUGGAAAAGAGAGCUCAUCUUCUUUGGAAUGGCAGCAAGUACAAAAAGUUUUCGUAAGUAAUAUCGAAUGAAAAAUUUUCGCAAAUUCCUUUCUG